AUGGAAGCACGGCCGCCGCGACCGCCGCGGUCCCAGCGCGUGGCCGAAACGUACCUGCGCUGCCUCACGUCCCCGCAGCGGUCCAUCCCGGGAGGUGGAGUUGAGAGCUUCCGAGCUGGCCCGGGUUUGGGAUGUGCCGCGGCCAGUGCGGGCUUCUCGCGGCCGCCGCCUACUCUGCGGCGGGAGCCCGGGCGGCGAUCCCCACCCCUGUGCGCCCUUCGGUCGUGCGGGCUCGUGGUCCCCCGCCGGGCCUCCGACGCCCGGAACCAGCCCCCCAGCUCCGAGGUCGUGGCCCGGCCGGUGGGCGUCUGCUCCAUGAUGCGGCUGCCGGUGCAGGCCUCCCCCGAGGGGCUGGACGCCGCCUUCGUGGGGGUGCCCCUGGACAUCGGGACCUCCAACCGGCCCGGGGCGAGGUUUGGACCCCGGCGGAUCAGGGAAGAGUCGGUGUUGCUUCGAGCGGCCAACCCGAGCACGGGGGCCCUGCCCUUCCAGUCCCUGGCGGUGGCAGAUCUCGGCGACGUGAACGUCAAUCUUUACAACCUUCAGGACAGCUGCCGUCGAAUUCAAGAGGCCUAUCAGAAAAUCGUCGCGGCCGGCUGCAUUCCUCUGACCUUGGGUGGAGAUCACACAAUCACAUAUCCUAUAUUGCAAGCGAUGGCAAAAAAGCAUGGCCCCGUGGGGCUGCUUCAUGUGGAUGCUCACACGGACACGGCCGACAAGGCCCUGGGGGAGAAGGUCUACCACGGAGCGCCCUUCCGCCGCUGCGUGGACGAGGGACUCUUGGACUGCAAGCGUGUGGUGCAGAUCGGCAUCCGGGGCUCUGCCUUGACCCUGGAUCCCUACAGAUACAGCCGGAGCCAGGGCUUCCGGGUGGUCCUGGCUGAGGACUGCUGGAUGAAGUCCCUGGUCCCUCUGAUGGGAGAAGUGAGGCAGCAGCUGGGAGGCAAGCCCAUGUACAUCAGCUUUGACAUUGACGGCUUGGAUCCCGCCUAUGCCCCGGGGACAGGAACACCGGAAAUUGCUGGUCUCACCCCUAGUCAGGCACUGGAGAUCAUCCGGGGUUGCCGAGGCCUGAACGUGGUGGGCUGUGAUCUUGUCGAAGUGUCGCCGCUUUAUGAUCCUUCUGGUCACGGUCGUCUGAACCUGGUGCUUUCCCAGAUGAAACAGUGGCUUGUGUCGACGACAAACUCAGGAAUUUACGUGCCAGCGGUCUGCGUGCUCAGACUUCCCGCUAGAGUGUCCCUGGAGGCUGUAAACUCAGGGCAUUCCGAAGUCUGACCGACAACUAGUAUUUCUAAGGAGUCUGAAUUAACUAAAAAAAAGAGAAGCAUGCGUGUUGUUCUGACGAAAGACGGUGGAGGAUAAAGGGAAGAGGGACGAAGCAUUUAGUCUAAAAACUGGAGAGAAGAAAUAAUAAAUAAACGUAUGACAGAAUGCCGUAUACACAU